AUGCAGCUAGAUUCAUCGGGGAAAAUACCUAGAGAUCCAGAGCCACCAGAAGUGUUCAUUAGAAGAUAUACGUACCGAGGUCAGGAUGAAUGGCACAAGAAACUGACGCACGAUCAUUUUCUUCCUGACUGUAUGUUCUCUGAUGAAAAUUUUCAAGGUCGAUUCCGCAUGCCCAGACAUUUGGUGCUAAAGAUUAUUGGUGAGCUUUGUAAGGUAGAACCUCAAUUUAAUUAUCAGUAUGAUGCACUGAAUAUCAGGGGUCAUAGCCCUGAACAAAAGGUUACUUCGGCCUUAAGUAUUUUAGGAUAUGGCAGACCUCCAAAUUCUAAUGAUGAGUACCUUCGCAUUGAUUUAAAGUAUGGAAUUUCUCCUCAGCCACAUAGGGGUGAAAUGGGUCGUUCAUACUCAUAUUUCAAUAGUAUACAAAUGGAUCUGACAAAGGAUGUGGAAUGGUCUCUUGGAAUUUUGAAGCGGAAGUUCGCAAUCAUUUGUGGGCCUUAUCGUGGUCUAAGUGCUCGUGAAAUGCAUAAUACUAUGCUGACUUGCAUCAUUACGCAUAACAUGGUUGAGGAAGAUCUCAGAGCGAAUGUGUGGGCUGAGUUUGGAAGAGAUGGAGGACGAAUUGAGUAG